AUGCAUGCGAGUGCGAGCACGCCGAGUGGUGGUGGUGCGAGUGAUGCGCCUUCGCGCGGAGGGAUUGUUGAGCAGAAAGUAGAGGAGACGAAACGAGAAGGGGCUCAGAUGUGCGAUACCAUCUCACCAUGGCUUCGUGAAGAAGAUGCUUUGAGAACUCCAUCAACGGCGACAGGCGAAGGUGUGCUAAGGUCGUCGGUGAGCAAGACUGGCCCAGCGCCUUCUGUGCUCAUGUCGCGAGUAUUAUCGUCGUCGUCGUCGUCGUCAUCGUCGUUCUCGUCGUCAUCGCCGCCGCCGCCACUGCCAGUGGCGCCACAGGUAUCAUCGUCAACGUCAACGUCAACGUCAUCGGCGUCUGCGUCCGAGCCAGGAUCUAUGCCAGCGCCAGUGCCCCUGACUGUGCUGAGACAAGAGAUGGGGCCAAGUACAAGGCUCGGACCAGCAUCCACGUCAAUGUCAUCGAUGCAACCGUCCGUGUCGUCACCCUCAUUUUCAUCGUCACAGGGCGGUGACGGCUCGCAUGCCAAGACAGGUGUUUCGGAGGGCGGCAGUGCGAGUCGUGAAUAUAGCCAGCACGGUCAGCACGGCCAGCACGGCCAGCACGGCCAGCACGGUCAGCAUGGUCAGCAUGGCCUAGGUUUGCGCACGCUGAAUCCAUUCUCCUUGUUUCGUCCAGGGUCAUCAUGGCGGGCACGAAGCCAUAGUGAGGACGAGAAGCGACAGAUGACGACGUCGACGCCGUCGGGAUCGAUGCGCAAAGACAAGUUGGAGCGUACGAAGCGCCUUUGCAUUCCGCGACAUGGAAGCUUGUCGCGUCGCGUGAGUGCGGAGCUGGAGAAAAACACACCAGCUCUCUUUGAGCCAUUCCACCGAGCGAUAUCGUUAGAGAACCCUGUGCAUGCUGGACAUGAGCACGGCGUGACGCUUGACACCAACCUCGAUACGAUUGGCGAUAUCAUUGAUCCAUCGCGCAUAGGCGCUGUUCCCUGUGCUGACGCGCAUCUCAACACGGGCUCUGGUCGCUGCUUGAACCAAGAGCCACCAUUGUUUCCUUGCACUGAGGGGAACGGGUCUACGACACCUACAGGCACUAGCUCACCAAGUUCGAAGUCGUCGACGCAGGGCUUACCUGCAACGAUUCUGCCCACACUGUCCGAAGGAGUGCGACGGGACUCGCCUGGCUCGUCGAGUCUAUCGUAUGGUGGUGAUGUGAAUGACGAGCGCUCCUCGUCGUUGCUAAGCGACAAGCCAUGUGCAAGCUGUGCGACUGAUAGUAAUGUAUCACCCAAGGCACUGGCGCCUGCUCUUCAGUUUCCAUCGGUGCCAGUGAUGCCCGCGACGCGGACCAAGUCGUCGUGGUCGCCGUCGCCGCCGUCGACGUCAUCGUCUGCACAUCGGCCAAGCGUCUCUUCCUUGCACACUGCUGAUCUUUCCUCGCGGCGUGCGAGACAAGUGUCGAUGGACGAGUCUCUUGGACACCGUGCGUCGAUGGGUGAAGGACCGAGCGCGCAAGACAUGCGAGACGCGAUGCAGUCGCCGAAGCCGCCACAGACGCCGACGCCCUCUGACGUGCGGCCCACACAAGCGCACUCGCCGUCCGCGCCGCGGCCGCAGCUGCUGUCGGAGCUACAGGCUGAAGCAGCCGCCCAACCAGCCGCACGUAUGCCGCUGCCACCGGCGCAAGAACAAGCACAGUAUCCGCCCAGUACGAAUCCAGCGAUGAGCAUUGCGCCGUUCGUCAUGACGCUCUCGUCGACAACGCCGACGGGAACGCCGUCAUCCGAGGUGGCGCCGCCGAGUGGCAGCAGCAGCAGCAGGGCCGAUGUGGCGCUCUCGUCGUGGCGGGCGCCGGAAAGCUGGGCCGUCGUGUCGCCAUCGGGAGAGCAAGACAUGAAGAAUGUCGUGGGUGAAUAUGCAGAGGAUGAAGAGCCUGUGCCGCCGCACACGUCGAGUGCUGGGUCUGAUCAUGAUGGCUCAGUACUAUCACAGGUUGUGAUCUACGAGCCGGCCAUGGACCUAUCGACACCGCCGUUGCAAACGUCCAUGCGGACGAAUCCAUUUGACGAGCCGGGCACAGAGUCCAAGAGGCCGCGGUUCUUCCGUCGUGCCAUGUCGCGAACGCCGCCGCCAGCACAUGUGCCGGGACUGGGGCAAGGCAUCACACCUGUUCACGGCGCUGGCCCGGCCUCGUCGUCGUCGUGGUCGCCAUCGCCCACGUCGACAGCAGGUGGGACGGGUAUGCAGCUGCCGUCAGGGGCAGGGACAAGCAGUGCCGAGGGGGCGGGCGAUGCGUCGUCAGCGUGCACGCCGACGACGACGACGACGACGACGACGCCCUAUUCAAGCACGAAAAUGGCGCUCAUGUCUGUGGGGAACGCAGCGUUUGGACGGCGGCAUCGUACGCCGCACUUGCCAUUUUUGCGUUCACGUCGGGGCGUGGGAAGCGGUGGCAUGGGCGGCGGACACGCUGGUCCGAGUCCGAGUCUCAGUCCCGGGCCCGGGGCCGGAGCCGGAGCCGGAGCUGGAGCCGGUCCUGAUGCGGUCGCUCGGUAUGUGACGAUGCACGGGGAUGCGCCGUUGCCGUUGGCCGCACGGAAUCCACCCGCGCCACUGGUGUUUCGCUCCACGGAUGUGGAUCCUGUGGCGCCCACGGGCAAGACGUUCAUGCGGGUGUACCAGCAGAACGACACGUACGUGAUUAUAUCGUGUGCGGUCGAGACGACGGCGUCGGAAAUUGCGUAUGCGCUGGGACGCCACGCAACGAGCGUCGCCGACACGAAAGGCCAUCGUCUGUUUCUGUAUGAGCGCGGGACGGAUCGCCCGCUCGCACCGAGUGAAAGGCCGGUGCGGAUCUUCCGGCGGCGGCUGAUCCAGGCUGGCUAUACGGAUGCAGAUGGCCUUGAUGAGCUGGGGCGCCAGGAUCUGAGUUUCCUGCUGAGGUUCGUGUAUCGAGCGGACCGAGCGCCGACUUUGAGCAUAGGGAUGCUCAAGGACCAGGACCACACGUACAAGCACAUGAACCUGCAAGGCAUGCACCUCACGAUGAUACCCGUACCUGUGUACCGGUGUGCACAGUGGAUCGUGAGUCUGGACCUGUCGAUGAAUCCGCUGACGGACCUGCCGAUCGACUUUGUGCAGCUGUGCACGUCGCUGCGGAUGCUGCGGCUGUCGUCGCUCUCGCUCAAGCGUGUGCCGGAGGGCGUGGUGUCGAUUCCGCAGCUCACGCAGAUCGACGUCAGCUCGAACCGACUCGUGGACCUGGAGCAUAUCCCGCUGCACCAGCUGGCGCAGCUGCGGGUCAUCCGCGCGACGAACAACCGCCUCUCGUCGGCGCCGUCGUACGUGCCGAGCAUGGGCGCGCUGCAGUACCUGAACCUGUCGAACAACCGGCUCGACACGUUUCCUGCGCGGGUGUGUGCGAUUCCGAACCUGCGGGAUCUCGAUCUGUCGUUCAACGCGAUCAGCAUUGUCCCGUCCGACGUGCACCGGCUCACGAAGCUCGAGCGCCUCAUCCUCGUGGGCAACAGCAUCAGCCGCCUGCCGGCCGAGAUGCAGUCGCUCGUGUCGCUGCGGGUGCUGGAUGUGCGGCACACGAACCUGCACAUGCUGGGCGAUGUGAUGGCGCUCCCGCGACUCGAGUAUGUGCUCGCGUCGCACAACUACGUCACCAGCAUCGAGGGCGACGUCGGCGAGGCGCUCAAGACGCUUGACUUUGCGCACAAUCCGCUCACACGUGCCCAGCUGUCGGCGCCUGUGCCGUCGUCGCUCACACGCCUCGACCUGUCGCAUGCGAAUCUCGUCACGAUCAACGAGAGCCUCUUCCGCUCGGUGCCGGAGCUGCGGCAGCUCGUGCUGGACCACAACCAAUUUGCGUCGCUCCCGCCGCUCGGCUCGCUCGGGAAGCUCGAGUGCCUGAGCUGUGCGACAAAUGCGCUCACGCAGCUGCCCGACUCGAUCGGCUCGUUGCGCGCGCUGCAGCGCCUCGAUGUGCGUGACAACAACCUGCGCUCGCUGCCUGCGAGUGUGUGGCGGUGCCAAAGUCUGCGUGUGCUGAAUGCGAGCUCGAACAUCCUCAGCUCGCUCCCGAUGCCCGACGGCGGCGCGCUCGACACGAUGCCCCUCGCUGCGUCGCUCGUGCACCUGAGCGUGGCGGACAACCGGCUGUCGGACGAUGUGUUUGCCGUGCUGAUGCACCUGCCGCGCCUCGAGCUGCUCAACCUGUCGAUGAAUGAGAUCUACGAGGUGCCGUCUGGUGCGCUGCUCGCGCUGCGUGCGCUCCGGCAGCUGUUCCUCUCGUCGAAUAGCCUGGGUGCGCUCCCCGCCGAGGACCUCGAGGCGCUGCAGCACCUGCACGUGCUCUUCCUGAAUGGAAACAAGCUGCUGUCGCUGCCGGCGGAGCUCGGCCGGCUGAAGCAGCUGCGGGCAAUCGACGCCGGGAACAAUGCACUCAAGUACAACAUCGCCAACUGGCACUAUGACUGGAACUGGAAUGCGAAUCCCGAGCUGCGGUACCUCAACCUGUCGGGCAACCAGCGCUUCGAGAUCAAGCCCAAGAUCGCCGAUGUGAAUGGCCGCGAGAAGAACCUCGCCGACUUCAACCGCCUGCACCAUCUGCGCCUGCUCGGCCUCAUGGAGGUCACCAUGACGCACCAGCCGCUGCCUGACGAGACGGACCACCGCCGCAUCCGCACGACGCUCGCGCAUGUGAAUGCGAUGCCGUACGGCAUUGCCGAUUCCAUCGGCUCGCAUGAUGCGCUCCAAGUGUUUGACCUUGUCGUGCCGAGUUUCCGCCGCGACGAGAACGAGUCCCUGUUUGGCCUCAUCGAGGGCCGCGCCCACUCGUCGCUCGCCGGCACGCGCAUCGCCCGCUUCAUGACAGAUCACUGUGCGCGUGUGCUGGAGGACGAGCUCGUGCGCCUUCCGUCGUCGACAAACGCGCCGAACGACCUGGUUCCGAUCGCCAUUCGCCGUGCGUUUCUUCGUCUGAACCAGCUGUAUGCGGAGUACAUUCUUCGUGUGCAUGCCGAGCAUGCGACCGGGUCGGCCGUGCGUAGCAGCAGCCAUGGCAGCAGCCACAGUCACUUUCAUGGCUCUAACGCCGGCGCUGCUGGCGCUACUGGCGACGCCUCUGCCCACACGCACUCGUCGCAGGAGGUGUUCUGGGGCUGGGGCUCAGGCUCGUCGCGCGACAUGCAUCUAUGGCAGUCCAGUGCGACGGCGCUCCUUGCGUACCAGCGACAUCGCACGCUGUACAUUGCCAACAUCGGCAACGCUGUCGCUGUGCUCUCGCGAGCAGGCGGCUUUGUCCGUGUGCUCGGCAAGCGGCACGAUCCCUUGAAUCGCGACGAGACGCAGCGCAUCCGCGCGGCCGAGGGCUGGGUCUCGCUGCGCAACUACGUAAACGACAAGACGGACGUCGCGCGCGCCUUCGGCCUCUUCCAACUGACGCCUGUCAUCACCGCCUGUCCGUCCGUGCUGAGCAUUGAGCUCAUCGAUGCGGACGAAUUCGUCAUCAUCGCGAACACGGAGCUGUGGAAGUUCCUCUCGUACCAGAUGGCCGUCGACAUCGCGCGCAUGGACCGCGAGAACCCACGCCUCGCGGCCCAGAAGCUGCGCGACCUCGCGAUUGCGUACGGCGCGAAGGACCAUAUCUCUGUCAUGGUCGUCACCGUCGCAGGGCUCUUUCAUGAGCGGCUCAAUGCGCAUGUGCAAAAUGCGCAUGCGUCGCAGCGGGGCAUGGACAGCACGAAAAAGAUGCUGCGCCGUGGCCGCAACGACCUGGACAGCACGCUUGCUCGGCUCGAGCGCGAGGUGCUUCCUCCGAUCGGCCAAAUUGCUCUGGUGUUCACCGACAUCAAGAACUCCACCCUGCUCUGGGAGACCAACCCCAGCAUGCAGUCGGCCAUCCGCCUGCACAACCUGCUUCUCCGCCGGCAGAUGCGCAGUAUCGGCGGCUACGAAGUCAAGACCGAAGGCGACGCGUUCAUGGUGUCGUUCCAGUCCGUCAGCGCCGCUUUGCUCUGGUGCUUCAGCGUGCAGAUGCGCCUCCUUAGCAUCGACUGGCCCCAAGAAAUCCUCGACUCACCCACCACCCAGACCGUGUACUCGGACGACGGCACGCUCCUGUACCGAGGCCUGAGCGUUCGCAUGGGCGUGCACUGGGGCUGUCCCGUGUGUGAGGUCGAUCCCGUCAACAACCGCAUGGACUACUUCGGCCCCAUGGUCAACCGUGCGGCGCGCAUCAGUGCCGCAGCGGACGGCGGUCAGAUCCUCGUGAGCCGCGAUGUGAUCCAGGAGCUCGAGCGCGUCUUUGACAUGUACAAGGAACAUGAACACCUGCCCCACACGGCCGGCAGCGAGGCAGCGCCGCAGUCCUGCACGCCGCGCGACGUCGUCUUUCUGCGCCGACUGGGUUUGGGCAUCAUCUCUGUCGGCGAGCGGCGCCUCAAGGGCAUCGAAGCACCCGAGCAUCUCUCUCUCGUAUACCCCAAAAUGCUCGCUGCCCGCUACACGCAUCUCUCCGGCGCGCGUCGCAGUAGUGGGCUUUUCCAAAUGUACGAGCCGACGCAGGAACUCCUUGCACUCGCGCAGGUGAAGCAGCUGGGCUAUCUUUGCUUGCGUCUCGAGUCGCUCUCGAAUCAGCGCUGCUUCCCUGGCAUCGAUCCCAACGACCCUUGGUCCAAUGCCGUCUACGAGGGUCGUCGCAAGCCGACACAGCCUGUGCCAAGCUCCCACCGCAACGCCCUCGUCGAGUCCUGCAUUGCUCAAACGCCUGACAUGCUCAUUGUGGCUUCGCGCGAAGACGCUACGGACGCGGAACUUUUCCCUAUUUUGCGCCAGCUUAUUACCCGUAUCCGCAACAGCAUCCACACCAUUGCUCUGGACUUUGCGCGCAAUAGCAUGCACACGCCACAGGCUCAGCAGGCUCUGUCGAUCCUAUUUGACGCCUUGGACGAGUAA